AUGUCAUCAAAUCAAACGCCUACUACUGAUAAUGUAUUGCUUACUCUUAAGGAAGCUAGAAAGUUAGCUCUCAAUGAACCUCAAAACUAUCCUAAUGUAUUACGAUCUAUGUUUAAUCUCAUCACCAAAGAACCUGAAACACAACAACAAACAUCAGAGAUUCAACAAUUAAUUGUUGAUUUUAUGUAUGAAACAUUUAUAAAUAAUUCUAUAUUACAACAAAGCGUCAAAAUCGAAUUAGCAAUUGAUUCUUUAGAUGCAUUAACAAUCUUGACCAAUAUUCAUGAUAUUGCCACAUUACGUAAAGUCAUUGAUAUAUCAUGUGUUAUAUAUCGAUUACUUUUCCAAUAUGUGGCACUUAAUGAUAAUAGUAAUCAAAUUUGGAGUAAAAUUACUGAAUUGAAAAAUGUUUUGGUUAAUAAAUUUCAAAGUAAUUUCCCUUUACCACCAAGUGAUAAUACUGAACAUGAUUUAUUAAGAAAUAUUGCUACAAAAUUAGAUUUAUUAAAAUUUAUGAUGACAAUUAUUGAUGUUUCUUCGAAAACUCGUAUAAUUGGUGACCCAAUACAAAAUACCAAUUCCAUGCAAUUUUCGUUAAAUGAUGUACCACCCAAUCAUAGUUUAAUCAAAUAUGAUCAAAUGGAAUAUGAAUCACAAGUCAUUUUUAAAUCAAUGGUAUUAAGGGUUUUCAAUUAUGAUAUUAUUAUUGCCCCUUUGAUCACAGCCACAUUGAAUCAUUGUAUACUUAUAAUGAAACGCAAACCACAAUUUGUUCCUUUAUUAUUGAAAACAAUUGAAGAAUACGACACUAAUAAUAAACUUCAAUCGAAUUAUCAAUCAUUAGAACAAUUUAAAUUGGCAAGAAAAUAUGUUGAUAGAAAUUUACGUAAUUUCAUAUCUCAUUGUCAAAAAUACAAAUUAAUCCCACCGGAAUUUAAUAUGCCAUUAGGAAGAAUGGCUAAUACCUUAACUGAACGUGGAACUAAUAUUAGAAAGAAAAAUAUAUUUGCCAUUGAUGAACCAAAUAUUAAAAAAAGAAAAUUUGAAGGGUUUUAUAAUUCUUCGAAAAAAAUGAAACAAAUGAGUUAUAGUCAUUUAUAUACUUUAAAUGAUGUGAAUGAUGGAUUAAAUAAUUUUGAUUUGAGUACUUUACCCCAAGAUUAUGUAACAAAUAUGGUGGUUAAUGCUUUACAACGUGCUCCAGUUUCAAAAUUGGUGAAGGCAUUAGAAAUCAUUUCAGAAAGAUAUAUUGAUGCAUUUCAAAAACCACGACCAAUUGCCACUCCAGUUAGUCAAAUCAAUAACAAUAGCGCAACCACAACUACUGCAACCCCAGUGGCAAAACAAGAAGAUCCAGAAGUCAAUGAUGAAGAUGAAGAAGAUGAACGAUAUCAAGUUGAUCUUAAUGGAGAUUUUUAUGAUCCCCUGAAAGUUUUCAGUUUACCACCACCUAAAGAAUUAUCAUUCCAAGAGAAAAAGCAACAUAUUAAUAUAAUUAUUAAAAAUUUCUUGGAAUUAGCUAAAAAAGGUGGUCCUGAAAAUGAUAAUAUUAACAACAACAACAACAACAACAACAGUAGCCAAAAUGGGGAAGAUGAAUCAGAAUUGAGUCCUGGAGAUAAAGGUGAUAUUAGUAAGGCAUUAAAAAAAGUAGCCAUUAAAGGUUGGAAAAAAGGUAAUUGGUUAAUAUUAUUAUCUCGAUUAGCCACUAGAGGAAUGAGAACGAAUCCAAAAAGCGGAAAUAAUACUAUUGUCAAACAAGAGGAUGGAAGUGAAGAACCAAAAAUGUCACCGGAUCAAAAAAAUAAUCAACAAUUGAGUGAUUUGAUACGAUUAGCUAUACUUGAAUACUUUCUGGAAAAUGUCCAUGGUAGAAUUGAUAUGGUUAUAGAAUGGCUUAAUGAAGAAUGGUAUAGUGAACGAGUUUUCCAACUGAAUGAAUAUCUUAAUGAAGGUAAAGACCCUGAUAAGGAGGUUAUUACUACACCAAUAUAUGAUAUAUGGAGUAGAAAAGUUGUUGAUGCGACUGUAUCAUAUAUUGAACCUAAUGAUAAAAAAAUUUUCCUUCGUUUAUUAAGUGAUUUACCUGAAUUAAAUGAAGAUUUAAUUGGUAGAAUUAAAUCAUUAUGUAUUGAUCCAGGAAGAUCAGCCAUUGGGUUUUUAGCUUUACAAUUUUUGAUUAUGUAUAGACCUCCAGUGAAACAAAUGUGUUUAAAAGUUUUACAAGAAUUGAGUGAAAGUGAUCAAGAAGAUAUAAGUAUUGAAGCUAAAAAGAGGUUAGAGAAAUUUAAAUAA